AUGUUCGCAAGGUUUUUACUCACGAUCAGUUUCGAGAACGGUUACUGUAUAGUACUUCAUUUGAGAAACAGGCAACUUGGUGACAAUCUUCGACUAGGUGCACGAUUAGAUCAGAAUGGUUGUCGAUCUGAUCUGAAAAGGCGAAUGCUAGAUGGUCGUUGUACACACUUAACUCCGGACGAAUAUACGAUGAUUUUGGUUGGGGAGUGA